UUUCCAGACUCUAUUCUUGCAAAUUCGUUUGUCACACUUGUGGAUGUAGAGUACUCCGAGUGUGCCAGCAACAGCUGAGCUGAUGGCGGGUUCAACAUCCCCCCUUGCUGACCUUGGCGACAUCUACAACUCCCUUCCAUUUGAGUACCUUCUAAUUGGACACUGUCUCAUCGUCGCAUCAUGGUUUCCCAAGCUCAAGGACAGAUACCUGCUCAGCUACUGGAUUGGGGCGCUGGCGGCAUUUGGUGGUGGAAUCCUGACUGCCCUGCUGAUCCAGGACCCGAAGAGGGCCCCCAUCCCUCUUCUGAGCUCCAACACAGUGGGCGUCAUUUGGACCGUCUGCUGGUGGCUCGUCAAUUACUUCCCAGGAAAUUAUGUAGCCAAAAUUCUUUCCCUGGCACCCUUCAGGACCAGCGCCAAGGUGUGCCUGAACAUGCUCCGGGCAGGGCUGAUCGCUUCGCGCAUUGACCUGACUACACAGCUGUAUCCGGGAGUGCUGGCAGCACCGCUCAUCAUCGGCAGCAUUGCCGGCAGCGGCGGCCGCUUCUCCAUUGACCCCAUCCUAAGUGGCUUUGGCGCCCUUGAAGGGCCGGCCGAGAUUGCAGAGCCGGCAUUCGCGGCGAGGUCGGGUUUUGUGGGGAGUCUAUUGUACUGGGUGAUCGUGCAUGUGUAUGGCACGCUCAACCCGCUGGAGGGCAAAGCCCUAAUAACCACCCUUUUCAUCGCCCACGGGGUCCUCGUGGACCUCUUUGGCUGGCACUUCGAUUUCACAUUCCCCCCGGCCUACCUGGCGCAUGCGGUUACUAAUGUGCCCAUGCCUGGCCGGCCUAAGAAGGCGCCUGAGCUUAAACCGGCUCCGAGCACCGCUGCAUCCUCAAAGCACAAUGGAGACUCCAGGAAACCGGAGUCCAAGAAAGGGAAGUAGCCUGGAGCAUGUGGAGAAUGUGCAGCUGUGAUUUGAAAGCCAAUAAAACAAAAAUCAUCUGAGUAUUUGCAUCUGGCACAGCGUGCAAUCUUCUGUAUAACAGGAUGUUCUCUGGCCGUGUAGCUGUCACUGGAAGCUGCUUGCCAGCAUUGCAGACUCAUGUCUGCUGCCACUAUAUGCUUGGUAUGGAGAAGAGCUGGCGGCUAAGUGAGGGCCGUCCAUAAUGCUUUCUGCUGUCCAAUUGUGACCCAUUCGCAAACUGACUCAGUUCGACUCAAUUGACUAGUGCAUUG